AUCUGAGAUAAUUGUUUCCCUGCAAUCAAGUGCAGAAGAGUGUGCCACCAAGCUAAGGGAUGGUCGGGAGGUACAGAGGAGUGAGUCAUCAUCACGGCAAACCUUCAUUAGAUUCUUGUGAAAUGCUGGGAGUUGGAGGAACAGGAUGGGGCUGAGGGAGAAGAAGAGGCUGAACUCUUGUGCCCUGGGCAUUUUCAGUCCGGGUGCAUAGAGUAACCUAACAGUCAUCAGCUCCACCUAUGCUCAGAAACACUGGGAUCUUCAAUGGCAGGAGAAACAGCGAUCAGAAGACCGAGAUGAAUUGUAACACUAUUCUAGAAGAGAUUCUUAUUAAAAGGUCACAGCAGAAAAAGAAGACAUCACCCUUAAACUACAAAGAGAGACUUUUUGUGCUGACAAAGUCCAUGUUAACCUACUAUGAGGGUCGAGCAGAGAAAAAGAACAGAAAGGGUUUUAUUGACAUUUCAAAAAUCAAGUGUGUGGAAAUAGUGAAGAAUGAUGAUGGUGUCAUUCCUUGUCAAAAUAAAUAUCCAUUUCAGGUUGUGCAUGAUGCUAACACACUUUACAUUUUUGCACCCAGUGCACAAAGCAGGGAUCGGUGGGUGAAGAAAUUGAAAGAAGAAAUAAAGAACAACAAUAAUAUUAUGAUCAAAUAUCAUCCUAAAUUUUGGACAGAUGGAAGUUAUCAGUGUUGCAGACAAACUGAAAAACUAGCACCUGGAUGUGAAAAAUAUAAUCUUUUUGAGAGUAGUAUAAGAAAAGCACUACCUCGAACACCAGCACCAGAAAUAAAGAAGCGAAGGCCUCCCCCACCAAUUCCGCCUGAAGAAGAUAAUAGUGAAGAAAUAGUUGUAGCCAUGUAUGAUUUUCAAGCAACAGAACCUCACGAUCUCAGAUUAGAGAGAGGUCAGGAGUAUAUCAUAUUAGAAAAGAAUGAUGUUCAUUGGUGGAAAGCAAGAGAUAAAUAUGGGAGGGAAGGAUAUAUCCCAAGUAAUUAUGUAACAGGAAAGAAGUCAAACAACUUAGAUCAGUAUGAGUGGUACUGCAGAAAUACGAACAGAAGCAAAGCAGAGCAACUCCUCAGAAGUGAAGAUAAAGAAGGUGGCUUUAUGGUAAGGGAUUCCAGUCAUCCAGGCAUGUACACAGUCUCCCUUUAUACAAAGUUUGGAGGAGAAAGCUCAUCUGGUUUCAGGCAUUAUCAUAUAAAGGAAACAUCAACAUCCCCAAAGAAGUAUUAUCUGGCAGAAAAGCAUGCAUUUGGUUCAAUUCCUGAGAUUAUAGAGUAUCAUAAACACAAUGCAGCAGGACUUGUCACGAGGCUGCGGUACCCAGUGAGCGCGAAGGAGAAGAGGGCGCCCACCACUGCCGGAUUCAGCUACGAAAAAUGGGAGAUUAACCCAUCAGAGCUGACCUUUAUGAGGGAGUUGGGGAGUGGACUGUUUGGAGUGGUGAGGCUUGGCAAGUGGAGAGCUCAGUACAAAGUAGCAAUCAAAGCUAUUAGGGAAGGAGCCAUGUGUGAGGAAGACUUUAUAGAAGAGGCUAAAGUGAUGAUGAAACUGACACACCCGAAGUUAGUACAGCUUUAUGGAGUGUGCACCCAGCAGAAACCAAUUUACAUUGUUACUGAGUUCAUGGAAAGGGGAUGCCUUCUGAAUUUCCUCCGGCAGAGACAAGGCCUUUUUAGUAGAGAUGUGCUGCUGAGCAUGUGUCAAGAUGUGUGUGAAGGGAUGGAGUACCUGGAGAGGAACAGCUUCAUCCACAGAGAUCUGGCUGCCAGAAAUUGUCUAGUAAAUGAGGCGGGAAUUGUGAAAGUAUCUGAUUUUGGAAUGGCCAGGUAUGUUCUGGACGACCAGUACACGAGUUCUUCCGGUGCUAAAUUUCCUGUGAAGUGGUGUCCACCCGAGGUGUUUAAUUACAGCCGCUUCAGCAGCAAAUCAGACGUCUGGUCAUUUGGUGUUUUAAUGUGGGAAGUAUUCACUGAAGGCAAAAUGCCCUUUGAGAAAAACACCAACUAUGAAGUGGUCACCAUGGUUUCUCGCGGCCACCGACUCCACCAGCCGAAGUUGGCGUCCAGAUACGUGUACGAGGUCAUGCUGAGAUGUUGGCAGGAGAAACCCGAGGGAAGGCCUUCCUUUGAAGAUUUGCUGUGCACGAUUGAUGAACUAGUUGAAUGUGGAGAAACGUUUGGAAGAUAAGUGGUACUGUGACCAGCGGCCUCCAGACUCCAAAUCACAAGGAAGAAACGGCACUUUGUGGCAGAGUUUUAAUUUAUUUAGCACUGGCUGUGUAGAUGGUUUUACUGAUUGAGUGGAAACACCUAAACCAUUUACUCCUAGACCAGCCUUAGCUCUGUGACUGAAUCUUCUGGAUUAUGGAAAUGCUGCAGCGGUUAAAUGCUGCGGUGGUUAAAAACACACACUUUUAUUCCUUCUGCAAGUACAGGGGUGCCCACUGUGUGCCAGGUGCUGUGCCCAGGCCCCAGGGUCUGCCCAUUUUAGGGGUGCACGUGGGGCCAUGUUAGCUGGAGUCAGUGGUAAUUGGGAGGGAGGGGUGUCAGAACCAUGUUCCAGCCACCCCCCUCUUCCCUUUGACUUCUGCAGAAAUCUGGGCUGGGGUAUUGUCUCGAAUGUGGGUUCUGGAUGGAUCAGAAACAUACCUGGGAUAAGUACCCACUUUUUGUUUCGAAAACAUUUGUUUUCAAGACUGCGUUAGUAUUACAUCACCACAUAUUUGUAUGCUGUAUAUAUUGUAAAUAUAUAUAAUAUAUAAAGUUAUAUAUUUAUAAGAAA